CAGCGUCCCGAAGAGACUCCUCUCUUCUGCUGGGCGGGUGUCGAGGAACAUCUCUCAACGCACGAUGGCGGAGAAAUGGACGACUAUGUCGACGACAUUGACACAUUGCUCGUAUUUGCCGGUCUCUUUUCGGCUAUACUCACAGCGUUCAUAACACAGACGUAUCCAUCCCUCCAACCCAGCGGGCUGGACACCACAAACCAACUCCUUGCUCUUAGCAUACAGACGCAUCUAUAUACUACCGGAACAGUCCUACCUGAUUCCCUAAACCCAGAUCUCAUUUCUCACGCAGCUAUAUCUCCCACGCCCUUUACUCCAUCCGCUUCAGUCCGAUGGAUCAACACCCUAUUCUUCCUCAGCCUUCUCUUUAGCCUUGCCGCCGCACUCUUUGGUAUACUGGCCAAGCAGUGGCUUCGCGAGUAUAUGAAAUGGAACUCCCCUUCGGCUACUCCCCGCGAGAACGUCCUUGUGCGGCAAAUCCGUAUCGAGGCUUGGGAAGCCUGGCGUGUCGCCGCUAUCAUCUCUACAAUCCCCAUCCUACUGGAGCUCGGCAUGUUCGAAUUCCUCGCCGGGAUCAUCAUUCUGCUGUGGACCCUGGACGACGUCGUCGCGCAAGUCAUAACCUUUUUCGGCGCCGUUUUCACCGGCAUCAUCUGCGCUUUCACUGUGACACCC